AUGUUUACAGACAUACUGCUGGCCAUAGUCGUUCUUUUAUUCGUUGCCUGCAUCUUAUCCGGCGGGAAAUCUAAAAACUACCCACCAGGACCUUAUUCUUGGCCACUGGUUGGGAAUAUAUAUCAGCUCCGAAAAUUAGCAUGCACUCAUGGUGGUCAGCAUCUUGCACUUUUGGAGCUUUCACGAAGGUAUUCCAGUGACGUGAUAGCACUUCGUUUAGGAAGGCAGAAUAUGAUAGCUGUCUCGGGUUAUGAAGGAAUUCAAACGAUUCUGAAUGGUCAGGAGUACGAAGGACGUCCGUGGAACGAAUUCAUAAAGAUCAGGAAUAUGGGAAUGCGUAAAGGAAUCACAAUGUCGGAUGGACCCGAAUGGAAAGAAAUACGAGCCUGGGUGGUAAGGUCCUUGAGAAGCGUUGGGUUUGGACGUAGAGAAAUGUCUGUCAUGAUCAAGGACGAGGUCGUCCACGUUGUCGAGAAUCUUAAGGUUGGCGGAGUACGCUCAAUGAAACCAGUUAUCGCCCCGGCAGUAAUAAAUGUUCUGUGGACGAUGGCAACGGGAAAGCGACUGUGCGAGGGACCCAGGUUACAGUACUUUAUGGAAUUAAUGGAACGUCGUGCCAAAGCCUUCGAUAUGUCUGGUGGAAUCCUCUCGACUUUCCCUUGGAUGCGAUAUUUAGCUCCGGAAUUCUCAGGGUACAACGUACUUAUGGUUUUUAAUGAGGAGAUCAAGAACUUUCUUAUGGAUAUUAUAAACGAGCAUAAGGAAAAUUAUACUCCAGGAAACGAAGAUGACUUAAUUGAUAUGUUCCUAGGUGAAAUGUACAGUGGAAAAGGAGCAAAGGCUGGUUUUACAGAGGAUCAGCUGGUGAUGAUAUUGAUGGAUCUCUUCAUUGCGGGUAUCACGACCACAACAGUGACUUUGGAUUUCCUCUUUCUUAACAUGGUGAUGCACGUGGACAAGCAGAAACGACUGCAGCAGGAAGUAGACGCCAUAGUCGGGCGUGAGAGGCUUCCGGAAUUGAGCGACAGACCUAAUCUACCAUACACCGAAGCCGUAUUGACCGAGUCCCAGAGAAUUUGCAUGGUUACGCCAGUCAUCGGACCGAGACGAGUUCUCUCCGACACGGAACUACUUGGUUACACAAUACCUGAAAACACCACCGUCCUGAUUAACGUCUACAGCGUUCAUAUGGAUCCACUGCACUACCCUGAACCAGAGAAAUUCAAACCGGAACGGUUUAUAAAAGAUGGCGUCUACGUGCCAGAUGAGAAUCUAAUGCUCUUCGGUCGUGGAAGACGACGUUGUCCUGGAGAAGCCUUAGCGAGGUCUGCACUCUUUUUACUGUUUGUUGGUAUUCUACAGAAAUUCGUACUGCUACCAGUUCCUGGUAAACAAACUCCUACUUUGGACAUCGUGCCAGGAUUGACCAUCUCGCCUAAGCCUUAUGAAGUAUUAGUUGUUCCUCGUGAUAAUUGCACCAAUGGCACAUCGAAAUUAAUAGACUGAUUAACAGUAGUGCUCCAAUAAAGUUUAGUUUUUUA